CGCCGGGGAUAGAACCCCUGGACUAAGUGGACCCAAAACAUCGUUUUUUGACCUUUGUGGGGGACCCCUAGGCUCACGCUAUGUCAUCUCCACCGGUUGCUCUAAUCACCGGAGAUAUAAAGUACCUUUCUUCAAGGGCUAAACGAUAUUAUUGGUGGACUUGAUGGAGAAAAAUUAUGCCCAGUCCUCCGAAAUAGCCGAGCUAUAUAGAUUCAGGAUAUCGGUUAGUUCCUGAGAUAGGCUUGGCGUGUCAGAAAAGCGACCAAGCUUUCAGUCCAAGCGAGUCGAACUGUGCCGGGCCGAUGUGGAUUGUAUAAGUCUCUCCAGUCCCGUCAGACCCGAGUGGUUACAAUCCUUUCGUUCUCAUCGUUCUUUUGUUCUCUUUGUCAUUCACUCUUUCCUUCGUUCACUUAUUCAUUCUUUUCAAAAUGCGCCGUGCGCUCUUACUUUCUCUUGCCCCAAUUGUCCUGGGAUGUAACAACCCAGCAAGCCAUGCCUGUGCUUCGGCUUACACUGCAUCCAGCUCUGCUGCCGCGGAGUUCUGCGCGACUUUCACUGCUAGCACGGUGACCGCCACUACCAGCCUGCCGAGCUUCGCUUCUGCAUGUGGGUUCAACACCAAGUCCUUGUCGAGUGCCUGUAGCUGCCUCGAUACUGCCUGGGCCACUGCCGGAUCAGGAUCUGGAUCAGCCCAGACCACUGCUGUUGCAACCAGCGCAGCUACCACUACCGCUGCUGCUUCGAGCGAAAAGUCGUCUACGAUCUCGACUACCCUAGUCAAGGCCACUCGCACGGCCUCCUCCACUUCCACUUCGGUUGAUGUCCCUACCACCACUGCGGCACCGACUACUACUCAAGCCGUUACCACAGUUGCCGCUGAUUUCACUGGGUCUGGUACUACUUGUGUUGUGUCCGAAUACGCAUCUCUCUCUUCUGCUGUCGAGUCUUGCACCAACAUCGUACUGUCCGAUUUGUAUGCUCCUCCCUCGAGCACAAUUGACCUGCAGAGCCUUCAGACUGGUGCCGUUGUGACCUUUGCGGGUACCACGACCUUCGGAGAUACUUACGACGAUGACUUCGAUCCUAUUGUCAUCUCCGGUCACGAUAUCACUAUUACCGGUGCUGAGGGCCACGUUAUCGAAGGCAACGGUGCUGCUUACUGGGACGGAGAAGGCUCUAACGGUGGACAGGACAAGCCCGACCACUUCAUCGUCGUCAAGAAGACCUACAACUCUAAGAUCACUAACUUGAACAUCGUGAACUGGCCUGUUCACUGCUUCUCUAUCACUGGAAGCCAGAAUGUCGUCUUUUCCGGUCUUCUUCUGAACAACACUGCUGGAGACGAGCCUAACUCUGCGAGCGGUAGCAAGGCUGCUGCCCACAACAGCGACGGAUUUGACGUCUCCUCUAGUGACUACAUCACCCUGGAGGACAUCGAGGUUUACAACCAGGAUGACUGCGUUGCAGUUACUAGUGGAACUCAAAUUGUCGUCGACAACGUGUAUUGCUCCGGUGGCCACGGUCUCAGCAUUGGAUCCGUCGGUGGAAAGAGUAACAAUACCGUUGAUGGAGUUACCUUCAAGAACUCUCAGGUUGUUAACAGCGAGAACGGUUGUCGCAUCAAGAGCAAUGCCGACACCACUGGCAGUAUCAGCAACAUCACCUACCAGAACAUCACUGUCUCUGGCAUCACUGACUACGGUAUCGACAUCCAGCAAGACUACUUGAACGGCGGUGCCACAGGCGAGCCCACCAACGGUGUCACCAUCAGCGGUGUCACUUUCGACAACGUCAAGGGCACGGCUACCGACGAUGCCUAUGACUACUACAUUCUCUGUGGCUCGGACAGCUGCUCGGACUUUACCUUCACUGAUGUCUCCAUUACUGGCGGCGGUGAGACCAGCAGCUGCAAUUAUCCCUCCAGCGGCUGUCCCUAAGGGCGUCAUAAAAUUUCCUCUUCUUUGGUGUGACUUGGUGAGGCCUGGGGACCUUCUAUUCUAUCUAUACAUCUUUUCAAAUGUAGAUGAGUCUGCAUUGCCGCUGUUGAUCGGCGCAAUGUCAAAAAUCCAACUUGUG